ACACCGACUGGUCACACACACAGACACAUGUUACAUAGAUCCCUGAAGUACAUUCUUGUCCUUCAUUACUUCCAGCAUCUGCUAAUAACAAACAAUGAAACUAAAACUGAUUCCAACAGUUUUACUGAUCCUGUCAGUAACUUCAACUGCUGAUGACUAUGUUAGACCUCAGCCUAGAAAAACCUUACAUCUUCCAUGGCAUUCUAAACCCUCUUCUUAUCCUCAACAGGUACACAUUUCAUUGGCAGGAGACAAGCAUAUGAGGGUUACCUGGAUUACUGACGACAAAUCUGCACCUUCAGUUGUUGAAUACGGAACAUUGCCAGGGAAGUAUGACAAUGUAGCUGAAGGAGAGACAACCUCUUACAGUUACAUUUUCUACAGCUCAGGAAAGAUACACCAUACGGUAAUAGGUCCUUUAGAGCCGAACUCUGUUUACUUUUACCGAUGCGGUGGACUAGGUCCGGAGUUCGAGCUCAAAACACCACCAGCUCAAUUUCCAAUUAGUUUUGCUGUGGUUGGAGAUCUUGGCCAAACUGGUUGGACCAAAUCAACGUUAGAUCACAUCGACCAAUGCAAGUACGAUGUUAACCUGAUUCCUGGCGACCUUUCGUAUGCUGAUUAUAUCCAGCAUCGUUGGGACACGUUUGGUAGACUUGUGCAGCCACUUGCUAGUUCUAGACCAUGGAUGGUAACACAAGGGAAUCAUGAAGUAGAGCAUAUACCUUUGUUAAAGGAUGGAUUUAUAUCCUAUAAUUCGAGAUGGAAAAUGCCGUUUGAGGAAAGUGGAUCAAGCUCGAACCUCUAUUAUUCUUUUGAAGUUGCCGGUGCUCACAUUAUCAUGCUUGGUUCAUAUGAUGAUUAUGAUGUGUACUCAGAACAAUAUAAAUGGCUAAAGACAGAUCUGUCAAAGGUGGACAGGAAAAGGACACCUUGGUUGCUUGUCAUAUUUCAUGUCCCAUGGUAUAAUAGUAACACAGCUCAUCAAGGUGAAGGUGGUGAUAUGAUGGAAACCAUGGAGCCAUUGCUUUAUGCUGCUAGCGUAGAUUUAGUUUUUGCUGGUCAUGUCCACGCAUAUGAACGCUCGAAACGUGUAUAUAAUGGAAAAUUGGAUCCUUGUGGUGCUGUUCAUAUAACAAUCGGUGAUGGAGGGAACAAAGAAGGCUUAGCUCAUAAGUAUAUAGAUCCACAGCCGAAGUGGUCAGAGUUCCGUGAGGCCAGUUUCGGUCAUGGUGAGUUAAAGAUUGUAAAUUCAACGCAUGCCUUCUGGAGUUGGCACCGGAAUGACGAUGACGAGCCGGUAAAAUCUGAUGAUAUCUGGAUAACCUCUUUAGUUAACUCAGGAUGUGUUGCUCAGAAGAAAACUGAACUUGAGCAUGCACUUAUGACACCCUAAAAUCCCUUGAUCUUCUUUAUUUCUUCAACAAUGGUAUAGCAAAGAGUUUGGUUGGGAAUUCAAAUCAUGAAAGAAUUCCUAAGAUUAAUAUAUAGCAUUUAUAUCAGCUUGAGGUAUUAUAGUACUUUGAUAUAUGGUUCUUCCUAAGAUUGUUGGUUUCUGAAUAGAAAAGACAAAAGAGUGGUUGUUUGUGUAAUUAAUGGUAAAUGUCUUCCAUAUUUUGUAUUUCUAGACUGGAAUUUGCAUUUUAAAGUAAGGCCAUGCAAUGAUUAAUGACA